AUGCGCCCCCUGUAUGACCACAUGAGGCGUCAUACCGAUGCGAGGCGUUCCGUCGAGCGACCCUUUCAUGCUAAUAACGAUCUCUACAGGGCUUCGAGAUAUUCCUCGAGGUAUGACAGUGGGGAUCGGCGCUCGAGGUCGCCUCGUGACCGCUCGCCCGAUCGCUACGAACGCGCAUCCCAGUACAGCGAUGGCGACCGCCGUCGAUCCUCCGCCGAGGCGCGUUCCAACACUUCCGCCUUCCAAAACAACAGGGAUUCCUUCCGCGACAACCUCCCCCGCGAUCCUCCCCGGGGCCCCAAGGCACUUCUAGACCCCCCCAGCGGUCCUCGCGGCGGCGGCUAUGCCGGUGACUUUAGAGGCCGAGGAAGAGGCCGUGGCCGUGGUUGGGUUCGCGAUGACAGCAGGGACCGCGGCCGAGACCGCGACAUUGAUUUUAGGGACCGACGCGAUGGGCCGUAUAGAGACGAGAGAAGUCGCGAGCGCGACCGGGACUGGGAUCGCCGAGACAGAGAGAGCUAUCGGGGACGCCCGCGAUCGCCUGGAAGAGGACGCUCACCACCACAGCGGGAUUUUCGCGACCGAGACCCACCUCUAGGCGUCGACGCCGAAAGGUCUAGGAGAGGCUCCCGAGACGGCGGCCCGCCUUCCGCUGGAUCAUCCAACUCUGACCCCCCCUUCGGUAUGCCUCGCGGCGGCUUCAGAGGAGGCAGAGACCGAGGACGUGGCGGCUGGGACAGAGGUGGCAGAGGACGCGGCGGCUUCUACGAUGACCGCGAUCGCUUCGGACCCCGCAGCCGCUCCCAGGAAGGGCGCUGGGGUCGUGACCGAGACGAACGAGACCGCGGCGACCGAUGGAUCGAUCCCGACGCUCGCCGAGAUCUUCGAGACGACCGCGACCCUCGCGAACGCGAGUUACUGAGGCCCAAGGUCGACCGCGAACGCGACCGAGGCAUAUCCUCCCAAGCACCAUCACCGAACACGAAGGAUGUGUCGCCGCCACCUCUGGCCCCCUCGGCGCCUGCUUUUGGGACGGUUCCCAGUAGGAAUGUCGGCGCCGCUGACGGAUCACCCAUCAUUGGGGGCACCGGUAAAUUGCCCCCCACAGCUCCGAGAGCCUUUAACUCUGAACGACCCGUCUCCGCAGGACACGGCGGCGGCAGCGGCGGCGAUUACCCAGUGCCUCCUAGCGGACCAGCAAAAAUGAAUCUCGCAGAGGGCAGCCCGCCCAUACCAUCAGGCCCACGUGCUCAACAGCAGAAGCAGCAACGACCUUCCAGCAAGCAGUGGAUAAACCCGGCAUUAGGUGGGAAGAAGGUUCCUGAGUCACCCAAGACCAUGCGGUCACAGAGCUUCGCCCAGCAGCAGGGCCCGGUGCCAUUCCGCCAUGACAGCGUUCCAGCAGAGCAAGGCGAUUACGAUAGGCGCCCCCGCAGUAGUGAUGCCAAGGCCGACUCUCACAACUCUGCCACCGAAGGUUCGGUGAAGUCGCUCAACCUCCCCGAGCCUGGUGAAAUUAUCGUCAAAUCCGAACGAGACAGUUACUCGACCAGAGGAUCGAUGGAUCGUGAUUCAGAGCACCCGGACGCCCACGAUACGAUUAUGGCGGGAACCGACGCCAACGCAUAUGACGAUCGCUGGCCCCCAUCACGAGGUAAAGAAAAGUCGGUUCCGCAUGAAAAGCUGUCUAUCGAUGAGAGCUUUGUGGAGAAAAAAGAAGAACCGUCUCGGCCUGCCAAGGAAAGCAGAAUGUCGGUGCCACGAGUUCGGUUUGUAUUGCCCCCGCAAGAACCAUCGGCGCCUGUUUCCGAGCAGACAUCCGAAUCCGACGACGAUGAGGAUUACGGCGAAUACUUUGCCAUGGAAAUCGCCAAAGAAGAGGGGGAACUGGAAAAGCUACGCGAGAGGGCCGAUAAGGCUGCGGACAAGACCCUCGCUCGCUACGCAAAAGUCUCACACGACGCUUUGGUGGCGCUUGUCACAGAAUCGGAGGGCCUCGUCGAUAUGCUCGGCCCGGUCCCCGAGGUCGUCGUCGAACCUGUCAAGGAGGAAACACCUGCUGCCAAGUCGCCUAUUGUCGAGCAGCACGAAAAGCCACACCAGACGCCGAGCCUUGUUGUGCCAACCAAGCCAUCGCUAGAGGAGACUUUCCCAGCGUCAGAAACCGAAGCUGCACCAGCCCCAGAGCCCCAGAUUGAGAAGGAGCCAGAGCAAGCCGUAGUUCAGAAGGAGACCAAGAAGACAACCGAUAAAGAGACAGAACAACAGGUCGCAAAGGAGGUCGAAACGAAGGUCGAAAAGAAUAUCGAAAAGGAGGCUGAAAAAGAGGUCGAAAACGAGACUGCAUUGCCUUCCAAGAAGCUCGUGGAGAAAUCCGAUGAAAAACCUGUCGAAAAGCCUGCCGAGGAGCCCAUCGAGAGGCCCAUCGAGAGGCCCAUCGAGAGGCCUCAAGACGAGAUUCCCGAGAAGCCCAGAGAGAAAAUCACAGAAGUGGCUGUCGAAGUUGCCGCCGAAAAGCCACCAGAAACCGAUGUCGAAAGGACUGAAGGGCCCCCGCUUGAUGCCGUCGUUAACGAACCGCAGCCCAAGACCGAGGAAAUGGAUGUCGACGAGCCUGCCUCUAUCCUUUCUGCGCCUUCCCCUCCCAGGCUUCCUGAACCAGCAAAGGAUGCCGAUAUUACCAUGGAAGAUGCCGUUGAAGCCGAAAAUCCACCUGCAAAGCCAAAUGUAGAGCACGACGAACCAAAGGAAUCGACCACCAACGAUGAGCCCGUACUUCUUCAACCACCUGGUCUGCCGAUUGAGACUAUCGAAGGGGACAAGGCUCUGCCGAGCACACCCUCUCAGAUGGAAGACGACGAUGAGGACAACUCGACGGAGUCUGACGACGUUGAUUCGGAUGCUAUGCUCAUUGAUACGAUUCGACAGUACUCGGCAACCCCUCCCAUUGAUAGUUUGCCCGACUACAGCUGUCGCGCUUGGCACCGGGACAGGGAUUUCUUGGAAUCCCUCGACUCAGACCCCAUGAUCGACAAUUUCAUCCUGCAGCAACUCGAUAAAAUAUCUCUGGAGAAGAUGGCAGGACAGGAACAUGCGCGCAAGGACUACGCUAAUAAUUACGUCCAAUAUCUUGACUUUACGGUCUCAACCGAUCCGAUCGCUGUCAAGAGUCGAGAGACAUUCAUCAGCUGCUUGCCGACACCCGAAAAGCACGUGCCCAUUCCUCCUCCACCUGAACUCAAGCCAGAAGGGAGGGGGGCCGGAAGAAGGUAUGCAAGCGAACGUGACCUGGAAAGAGUCCUGCAAGCUUCCAUGAGAGAGGACGAGGAACGGAAGGAAAGAGAGCAGCGCGCUAUGCAAGAAAAGUAUCGCAGUGACAAGGAGGCGGUCAUUCCCGAAAUGUACUGGACAAAGGAGGAUCGUGACGCCGAGUUCUUCAAGGACACCACCGGUUUCACGCCCGUGGAAAAGCUUGUGCCCGCUUGGCAGAUCCUGCCGCCAAUCAACAACUUCACGCCCGAAGAAGCGGAACUCUUCGAGAAGAGGUAUCUCACCAAUCCGAAACAAUGGGGUGUGGUUGCCGAGAAUAUCCCGAAACGCAACUUCGGUACUUGUAUCCAGUACUACUACCUGAUGAAGAAAGAGCUCAACCUCAAAGAGAAGCUCAAGAAGCAGCCCAAGCGCAGGAAGAAGGGCAGAGGCAAAACACGAUCUAGCGCUUUGGUCUCGGAGCUAGGCAAUGCCGAAAACGAGGGUGAAGAGAACCAGGAAAAUGGUGAAAAUGGAGAAAGAAGACGGCCGCGACGCGCUGCUGCUCCAACGUGGGGCUUUGAGCAACCUCCUACGGAUUCCGAUAACGCAACACCCACCGGCACACCUGGCCGUCGUGGAGCCAAAGGGGACCCCGAAAAGCCAGACGGCAGGAAGAGGGGGAGGAGAGCUGCGAAGGACAAGGAGCCCAAGGCCGCCAAACCACAACAGACUCUUGCCGCGGCUCCGGCAACAACUGCAGCUAAGGGGCGGUCUCGCUCCAAUUCGAGGGUCCAGAACCCCGAAUUCCAGCCACCACCACCCGUGCCGAUGGAGAAUCGUCUUCCAUCGCAGUUCGAAGUACCAACAACGGGCGUCCAAUCUCCGCUUGUUCCGGCUCAACAGUCACCUCUGGUGGUUCAGGAACGUCCCGUUUCUGCCACCCCUUCUGCGAUAUCCGAAGUGAUGGCGCCUCCAUCUCUGCGGCCGGAGCCGCCACCACCUCCUGCGCAGCCCACCAUAGCGACGUUCGAUAUCGCUCAGCCACAGCCUGAACGCCGUGCUCAAAGUCAGGCUUCGAGUUACUGGAGCGUUUCGGAAGCAAAUGACUUCCCAGGCUUGUUAAAGUCGUUUGGUACUGACUGGUCAGCUAUUGCGGGACACAUGGGCUCAAAGACAGCUGUCAUGGUGAAGAAUUACUUUGUUAGACAGAGAGACCAGGGCAAGGCAGAGUGGGAGCAAUUUGCAUCUGAGGCGGAUGGGAAACGAAGCAGAGGAGAGAAGCUACCCGAUCCACCUCCACCAACCGUCGGCGGACGCAAGAAGUACGACUCUACGCCUGCGGCGUCUAACCGGCCUCUCGCUUCUGCGCCUGCUACUCCCGCGCCGCCCGGAACGAAUGAGCUGCCGGGCGAAGCACCUGCAACAAAGGUUGAGACUCCUGUCCAACAACCUGGAAACCCACCUUUUGGUCGCUUUCCAAUGCCCAUUACUUCGGCACCGCCGCCUCAACAGCAGCAGCAGCCGCAGCAGCAACCUCUGGCGCAGGCAGCUCCACCCACUCCAACUGCUGCUACCCAGGCUCCCCCUCAGGCCCCUCAGCAAACACCUAUCGCAGUCCAACAGCAGCAUCCAGCGUCUCAGCCUGUAGUUACGCAGUCAGGAUCGCCCAUUACCCGUCCCCUGAGAGCCCCGCCUCAGCAAGCCUUUGGCUUCCAAGAGCGAGAACGAGAACCGACGCAACCCCCUCCACCAAUCAGGAUCUCUCAGAAGCCAUCUGCAGCUCCAGUCAUCGAACCCGCCCAACAGCGACCUCUUGCUGCGGCGCAACCCAUUCAACCUGCACAGCCUGAACCGCAGGUUGACCGACAACAAGCGGAGAGGCAGCAACAGAUGGAACGCCAAGCUAUCGAACGCCAGCAGAUCGAGCGGCAGAGACUGGAGCAACAACAGUUGGAGCGGCAACAGAUUGAGAGGCAGCAGAUUGAGAGGCAACAGAUUGAGAGACAGCAGAUCGAGAGGCAGCAGAUUGAGAGGCAGCAAAUCGAGAGGCAGCAAAUCGAACGCCAGCAGAUCGAGAGGCAGCAGAUUGAGAGGCAACAGAUCGAGAGGCAGCAGAUGGAGAGGCAACAAAUCGAACGCCAGCAGCUUGAGAGACAAGCCAUCGAGAGACAGCAGAUCGAACGACAGCAACUGGAGAGGCAGCAAAUGGAGCGCCAGCAGGCUGAACGACAACAGAUGGAGAGGCAACAGAUGGAGAGGCAACAGAUGGAGAGGCAGAAGAUGGAGGCGCAGCAGCCCAAGGAACCCUUACGCCCAACUGAGCGUACACGACUGAAGCAAGAGCCUGAGAUGACGCCGCCACACCAUCACUAUGAGCCAUUCUCGUACGGGCAGCAGCCAGUCCGGAAUGUGCUGCCGCCUCGAUCUGAACCCCCAAUUGUAUCGAGGCAGCCUGCCGAACCACCUCGGUCUACGGCUACCCCAGUUCCGCAAAGCUAUGGCCAGCCCAUGCCGCAACCAGGCGGACGCUUGCUCGGGGAUCCUCAACCGCCCGCCUCGACGCCUCCCGGCCCGAGACCCAUUGCUGCACAACGUCCUAUGCCUACUCACAUGGACUCUUAUGGCACUCCGUCUCAGCAACUGCAACCCCCGCCGCCUACGGCAUCUCGGCCGUCGGCUUCGGAGCGCAAGACAUCCAACAUCAUGUCUCUUCUCAAUGACGAUCCUCCAUCGGCUGCUGCAGCCGCCGCACCGACGCCCCCCCCUCAACCAAAGCGCCUCAACGACGUGGCCCAAGUCAAGCCAUCGCCGACGCCUCCUCCACAGAGCAUGCCGAGAGGCCCUGCUCCUCCGACCCCGUUGCGCCCAGAGCGGGAGCCUCCCGCCUAUCCCUAUGGCCGAAACGCUCCGUCAGCGUCUGCAAUGCCACCUCUGAAGCCAACCUACACUGCUUCGCCACAAUCGCAGCAUAUGAACGCGCCAAGGUCGGCCAUUGCAUCUCCGCACGAUGCGGCGGCAGCAGCUGAGCGUGAUUAUUAUCGGCAAUACCAACCUCAGGCCAUGAAUUCUCCUCAAGUUGCGCAACCUUACCCGUCGCAGUCACAGCCUCCCAGGGACGCUUAUCAGCCCCAAACCGGCUAUCCUGCUUAUGGCGCCCCUGCCGCUCACGCCAGCUCGUCACCUCCUCAAUACGCAGUUCAUCAGUCGGCCUCCAGGCGAGAGCCGCCACCUCCACAAAGCCGAGAAUCGGCAUGGCCUCCCGGACCGCAGGGCCAUGCCAUGGGCCAGCCGCAACCGCCACAGCAACAAUCCUCUUGGCCACCGGCGUCUCACGGGCCGCCGCCGAAACAGUCUCAACAAGCGCCGCCUCCACAGAACUGGGCUUCGCCGCACAUGUCGGCCCAGAAAGCACCUCCAGCGGGCCCAGCCGUCCCACAACAGUCUUGGGCCUCUGGUCCGCCUCAGCAACAACAGCCACAGCCUCCGCCGCCGUCUCAUCAUCACUUGUCGAUGCGCGACGACAGAGGUGCGCCCAUGUAUGGUCAGAUUCCUCCCCAACAUCAGCAUACAAUGCCAGGCAGAUAUCCACCCGUUUCGCGAGCGCCAGAUCCGAUGCCACCUCAAACGCAGCAGGCCUACCCACCACGCUACGCAUCUACGCCUGCGCCCAGAGAUCCUCGGGACCAAAUGCCGCAGCGAAGCUACACGCCUGUAGGAUAUGACGCACGCGGUCCGCCUCCCGGUCCUUACCCUCCGGACCCACGAGAAAUGCAAAUGCGCGAGCUGAGCCGCGACCCCAGGGAUCCGAGGGAUCCCCGGGAAAUACAACAGCAAGAGAUGCUCCAGCGCCAACUCCGUCCGCAUGACGGCUAUGCUAGACAGCCCGAUCGUUACGGCAGGUAA